UAGACAUCCAGGCUUCUCUACAAGAGACUUGGCACCAGGUUCAUACAUUGCCAGUCAUCAUGGUUAGACUAACUUGCAAUUGUUUGAAUGUCAGUGUCCAUGUUAAAGAAAGUGAACUUAAGCCAUUGGAUAGAUCAUCUUUAGGACUCUCUGGAGAACACCUUAAAGAUGAAUUCUUCAGUAAAGAUGUUGCACUAGUAGUACUAGAUCUUGGUGGAAUCACAAAGGAACAAAGCUGUUUAGUUGAAGAAUAUCAAGUAGCAGACUGGAUCAUCCAUCAAUGUCUCAAUUGUAAAUUAUCAUCCUAUGCUUUACAUGCUACAAAAGGCAUGGACAGAGUUUUAGUGUCUACAUCAAUGAUGAGCAAUGCUGAGGAGAUAGCUAAACUUCAAAAAUCGGAUAGAUAUUCCGACCUAUAUAGGUUGGUCAGUUUCUAUAAUGACGAAGAUAAGUCAGGUGCAAUGGGUCAUCCAGUAACGAGUAACCAUGACAAAGUGAAAAUGACUGUUAACAGUUUACAGCAACAGAUGACUACAUAUUUAGCCAAAGAGAAAGCAGCUAUGGAAGAGAGAAUACGACAAUACACGGAGCAGCAGAAACAAAUGUAUAUGAAUUUUCAAAAGAAAGCGUACAGGGAAAAAAAUGCACUGAUCGGAAUGGUAUUUGAGAGAGAGGAAUGGAAGUUAAAAGAAUCCUUAUCAGAAGCCAUGAUAGAAUCCUCAAUAUCUUCACCUUCUAGAGCCAUUCUAGGUUCUUCACCCAUAGUGCAAUCCCCUCCCACUAAAAGACCAGAAUAUGGUGAACUAAGCAUAAUGCCAGUUAUGACAAGAGCUACGCCACCAGACAGUCAGUUGGAGUCUGACAGCGAUAGUCAGAAGAGUCCUACUACGCUAUCAAGACAAGCUAGAAGUAUGGAUGUGGAUACUCUGUUUGAUUUGGAUGGAUUCUCACAAGACUGUGAACCGUUCUUUGAAUCUGACGAUGAUGAAACAGAUGAUAACUCAUUGAAUGAAGAGUCAUUGGUAAGUCAUCAUCAUCACUAUCAACACCACCAUCGUCAUAUAUCUCAGAGACCGCGGCCCGUAUCUCAGCAGUAUGCACAGUCUGUACCUAUCAGUAUGCCGAUGUGGAACAGAGAGAAUAGUAGAUCAUUCGACGAGGAUGAUGAGAGGGUGCCUGCACCAGAACCAGAUAAAAUGGUCGCCAAUAUGAAAGCGUUGGCCCAAAGUGUCCAUGAUGGAACUGAAAUGUUUGGAGAUUUACCAAGGCCAAGACUCAACACGGGUGAUUUCAAGAAAAUCAGGCGCUGAUAGAAUCACAGGGAAAUGAUCUUUACCGAAUAUCAUUAAGAAAUUAAUUUGAAAAAGUGCCAACGAAAACAUUGCAGUAAGCAAUCAGUGAUUUAAGAUAUCGCCAGGAUCCAAAUGAAGGUCAGCAAAAAAAGUGUUUAUUGAAAUGUUAUGUUGAACCGAAUGAUGUUAUAUUUGUACCAGUUGAUCAUAGUCUGCUCAUUUAGCAGAUAGUUGUGAAAUUAGGCAGUCGACGGAGCAAACUGUGGAUGAAGAGAUGCAUCAUUAUUGAUUUCCUCUUUGAGUUAUGUAGUAUAUGUUUUUGGAUUGAACAGACCAUCGUCACAAAAAUUGACUGUAGUUUUGAUUAUUUUGUAGUUUUCUAGAAUCAUGUUAAUAUGUUACGAUUGUCAUUUGUCUGAUUCCUAGCAGCUGUUUACCAAACAUGAGUUAAUUUUACAACUUUUCGUUUUCACGGAUUCCCAAAUAUCAGUUUUUUAUUGGGAAUUAAGAAUAUUAUAUUUUUAAGUGGAAGUUUGCAAUAAUUCUUUCAUGUUAUAAAAAACGUGAAGGUAGUAGAAAAAAAAAUUAAUGAAAUCUAGCAGAUCCUGCCUAGUAUUUGCAUUGUAUUUCAAUAAGGAUAUUUCUAGU